CCACCUCGCAACCACCCCGGCACCUAUUACGGUCAACAACAAAACAAUAAAAAAACAACGUGUUGCUUCUGAAGCAACAGCGUCCAAUUCAAAAUUGAACGAAGUAUCAACGUAUCAUUAAAUAACACUUAUCUGGUGAUUCAAUUAGAUUUUAAGUGGCGUUAAAAAAUUCAUUUUCCAUUUUUGACCAUGUUUUCGUUGGGCUGCUUGGAAUGCUGGUCAAUUUUGGUGUUACUGCCUUCUUUGGUAAAAUUAGAAGAAGUUCCUUCGAAACAACCCUUAUCGUCGUGUGAACUUGAGAAGCUUCUACAUCCUCUUGUAUCUCCCACCGAAACUCAGUCUCUUCAAGUCCAGGCUCUUCGUCAACAGCUCGCGCGUCUUCUCGAGCAGCAUCUUCACAACCAAGUGGAUGAUAAUAGCAAUGAUAAGCGCAGUCUUGAGUCAUUGGCCCGAGGAGGUUACAUCAGAAACAUCAAAGAUAUCAGUUACAAUGAUGAACCACAGGAGGCAUUCAGGUCUGGCAUGAGAAGCUUCAUGGGUUCCGGUCAGUUUCCUUAUUACUCUCAAUUAGUCGAUUCCUCGAAACGAAGUAUCGAGUCACUGGCACGUAAUGGGGAAUUGAUAGUGCCGAAUAAAAGCGACGAUCAGAACCCGGAAGUCCCAACAAAAAAGGGUAUAGGGAGCCUGGAGCGUGAUUUCAACUUUCCGACUUACGGAAAGAGAUUCGCUCCAGAAUUUUACGGAAAGAGAAACGUGGCAUCGAUUGCUAGAAGCGGGUUGCUUCCAGGUAAGCGAGCACAUGUGCGCGAUUAUUUGUCUGGAAUCGACACCGUUCCUGGUUACGACGAACUGGAAGAGAAACGUAACUUAGCGUCAGUUGUUAAAAGCCAUUAUCCCUAUCGAUUUAAGAGAUCUGUAGAGGACGGAUCUAACAACGUGGAUAAUGAUGACAACGAUGAGGUAGUACGAUUCAAAAGAAUGGCCGCUUAUUUUGACGAUAAUGAGCAAAACACAAACCAGAACGAAGAUGAUAAUGUUGUAGAUUACGAGGAGUUGAUACAGGAACUGAACGACAUCUAUCCGAUUGAAGACAAACGAUUUUUAGGUUCUAUUGUGCGAAACAACUGGCCUUCCACAUUGACGAGAUAUCGUUCGCCAGAUAAAAGGCAUAUUGGAUCGUUGGCGCGCUUAGGUUGGUUGCCGGCAUUCAGAAACGUCCGAAGAUUCAAUAGAUCCGGACGGUCGGCAACCGACGAAUGCCCGCCGUGUCAAAGGAAGACUUCCUCAAAUGGGAAAACCGAAGACUACUACUUCUCCAAAAACGCGAUUCCGUUAAAUGACAAACGGUUCCUUCUCAUUCCAGCUGUAGACAACAUACUAUUAAGGAGGUACUCGUCAUCUAGGCCAAAAACUCAAUAAAAACCUUCCCUUUUAAUAAGUUUUUUGUAAUUUCUACACAGAAAAAGUUAUUUUUUAACAGACGAAAGAACUAUUUAGAACGAACAAUAGAUAGAUACUUAAUGAAUUCAAUAGAACUGAAAUAAAACAUUGGAAUUCCUCGCAAAAAAAGUUCCCUUUUACAAUAAUAAUUAAUAAGUAUCAAAGCAUCAUAAAGAGAACCCACCAGUAGAAUCGCAUCUUUGAUAAAAAUACAAUAACAUAUUUGUUAUCAUAUCACCUGAAAUUUUAUGCAUAUCUUUACAUCAAUAUUGAACCUGAUUAUUUAUUGAGUGAUUACCUAAAUAUAUUUUUAAGAGUACCUCCUUGACGCGUAAUCUGAUUGAAACAAUCAAGAAUAUCAAUACAACAUUAUCAUUUAGAGUAAGACUGUAGUUUAGCAAAUGAUCUAAAUGGCCAGCCAGUAUAUUUGGUAUUUCUAAAGAUAAGUGUAGGUAUCAUACGUGUGGUAAUGGCAACAAUAAUAUACGACGAAAGGGUCUGUUGCAACUUCAACAUAUAAUAGAUGAAUACUAAAAUAAUUAUUAUCAUAUAUACUUGAAGUUCAUGGUAGUCAAUAUUCUGCCGAAACUGGCAGACGCGGAUCGCAGACGGUUUCGACAGAAUACAGACCACAGACUGCCUCGAGACAGCAGCGUUUUAUGAAGUCCUACAAACGGCGCGGUAAACGCCACCUGUAGUACAAUGAUACAUUUAGUGGAAGAUCCAUUUACAUAGACGGAUAUCUACUUGUUGAAUUGAAUUCACUUUUAGCUACGUAGUGGGCUCAAUUCAGCAAGUAGAUAUCCAUCUGUGUGACAGACAUUGUUGAACAUACUGAAAUUGAAUGUACCAUCGUAUCACACAUGGGUACCAUUUACCGGGCUGCUAGUAGGAUUUCAUCAUAUUUACUUAUUGGGUAAAAUCGAUUGUCUUUAAUGAACGAACACUCUAAAAUAUUUGAAUCAUACUAAUUGGCAAAAACAGUUGCCAUUAAUGUAAGCUAUUGACUUUCCGACUUUCCUAUAUCAAGAUGUUUAUAAACGUAAUUUAUAUUUUCUUGGUAUAUACAGAAUAUUCAUACUAUUAUAUACUUACACGUAUAAAUAAGAAUCUUUGACUAUACAGGUGUUAUAUUUUUGAAUGUAAUUUUGAAAAAGGCAAACCCAAUUCUUCCAGCUAGACAAUACACUGGAAUAGACGGUGAAUUUUUAUUUUUAGCAGUUAAGACCGAAAAUGUAAUAAAAUUAUAUAAUGCUUAUCUAUUGCGAUUGAUAUUCUACUUUCAAAUUAACUGUUGACAAUAAAAUCAAACGGUAAACUAGAGGCCGCUGUGUAAGACAAUAUAGCAUUUUAUCAGCUGCAAAGAAUGACAAUAAUAAUUCUUGUAACUUAGACAAUAAUAAUAAUUAUAAAUAUUACCUGUACCUAAUCGUGUUAUUUUACAAAUUUGCCUAAAACUUGUUUAA